AUGGACCCCGACGGCGCCAGGAAAUCGAAAAUCGCCCUGGGGGAACCCACGCGAACUGCUAUGAGUGUCAGGGUUGCGGACAUCCGGCACGUGCCUGCCCCAUCAGGGGAGAACGAACCAAACGUCCGGGAGAAAUAUGCAAGAAGCCCCAAUGCCAUUCUAGUCUCCUUUGAGUGGGAAAAGCAACUCCUCAACACUGCGGAAGGAACUAACACGAGCGAUGGGCACGCGGAAGGGACUCAGCCGCUUUCGGAAGCGCGGUGGGAGUCUGGGUCGGCGUCGAUCCUGAGUGAAGAUGCUCCGGGCGCGACGACAGCUAGCAGCAGGAAGUCUGCAGAGGCAACAGAAGACGGCUGCAGGCCAGACGCAACAGAGCUUGCGCCACACUGGUGGCGGAAAACUUGCACGAAAGAGCCUUACGACCAAUGGGGGAGCAUUGUGCUAUCUGGGUUGACACGCAUUGAUCGGGUUGUGACGGGUGUGACCAUGUGGCGCGGGCAUGCACGCUUUUCCGGGGACUUCUUAGUGGGAACCGUUUCCUAUGACUUAGUCUUGGGUUUGGAUUGGCUGACGGAACAUAAGGUGGCCUCGCAUUUCCAGUCCGACAGACUCCGAACCUAUGUAAAUGGCCAGUGGUGCGAGUUACCGUUCGUUAGGACUGGUGAAGAAAACCUGCAAGGUGAAUAUCCCACCGUAGUCCACCCAAGGACCCCGACAGAGCAAGCAUAUGAAAUAUUGGCCAAACAAGUGGCGGGUAUGUUAGCGGAGGAGACAGCUAUAUUCCUACGACCGCCACCUAAAAGGUAUAAGUCCCAUGCGAAGACUAAGGCGAAGGCACGGAUAACGUCGCUCGUUCAUCAGGCCGCGGCUGACACAAAGAGUCGCAGGGCACCACUGCAGGGUCUGCAUCUCAUACUGGCUUUGCCCGGAGCCGGUUCGGCAGUGCCCGUAAGGUUCUCGGAUGAAUGGCAAGGCGCGUUUUGCUGCGUGUUAAUUGGGAAUCAACCCACGUCCUCCGGCUGGGGUAGUCCUUUUGCCUCCACUGCCUUGACGGCAGCGGAGGGUGAAGAGGGGUCUCCCUGGCCCAUGGCAAAACUCGAGCACACUCUGUUCGAUGAAUGGAUAAAUUCGACAGAGGCGCAGGAUGUUCCAUGUGAGAUUAUCCAGGUGUUGCAGGAGUAUCGAGCGUCCUUCCCCGAUUACUUACCUAAAGGAUUACCGCCGAAGCGCCGUCAUGAUCGCCAUAUCCUACUGGUGCCUGGAAAACUUCCAGCAGAAUCUGCGAUAUACCGUAUGACCCCAGAUCAGCUCACAUUCCACAAACAGGAAAUAGGUAAAUUAUUGAACAAUGGUUGGAUCGGAAAACCUAUUUUCCUAUACGCUCUCCUACGAUCAUGGCAGACAAAACGUGAUGAUGGCUCCGGGGAGCGGAAGAAGCGCAUGGUUGUUAAUUACCAGGCUCUAAAUUCCCUUACAAUAGCCCCUGAUUUCCCACUACCUCCCAUUCAAACCAUUCUGGAGAUGCUGGGAGGCGCCAAGUAUUUUUCCAUUUUGGACCUUGAAGCAGGAUUCCAUCAAAUACAUAUGGCUAAGGAAGACCGUUGGAAGAAGGCUUUCCGUUCCGUUCUCGGGCUUUUCGAGUACCGAGUAAUGCCCUUUGGCCUUAAGGUUCUGGAACAAGACGGCAAGCCCAUCGGCUUCCUCAGUCAAUUCAUGAACCCAACACAACAGAGAUACUCGAUCUACAAUGAGGAACUCUUGGCGUUGGUCACGGCUCUGGACAAGUGGUCACACUUGCUCCGUGUUUCCAAGGUAACGGCUUACACGGAUCAUAAAGCACUCACGCAUCUCCAACGUCUCCAAACAUCGAAGCCUCUGUGCGGAUGCACCGGCUGGUGGUUAGAUUUUCUCGCCGAGUUCCCGGAUUUGCACAUCACCUAUGCUGAAGGAUCACGUAGUCAAGUGGCUGAUGCUUUGUCUCGCCGUCCCGAUCUCUCUAACACCUGCUCGCACGACACACCACCGACACCCCUGAUGCUUGCAGUAGCACAAGCGCGCGUGGCUCCUCGCACUCGUGGUCGGCCUGCCAACUACAGGAAGCUCGCCGGAAUUCGUUCGCGACGACCGAGACGACGCAGUCUGCCGUCUGCAGCUUCACCUUCGCCGCCGGAACCCAAUCCAGAGGUGGAACACCCUACCCCUACAACGAAGACACCAGCAGAUAUUUCUGAUGCGCUCCAAUGGCCGCAAGCUCACUCGAAGUGUCCCGUUAUUCGCGCUCCCUACAAAGUAGCAGCAGACCAACCAGGAGAAGCUCUGCAAAUAGAGUUUCGUAAUCGCCAAUUCACCUUCCGCUACGUGCAGCAUUACCUGCACAUCCGCGUUCAUGGACUGUGGCGCAUCUGCAUAUCACACUUUCCUGAGUUCCUUAGUCGGGCUCUGCAUUCACAUCACGACCAUGUCACAGCCGGCUAUCGAGGCCAGAAAAAGACCUUUGCGGCUCUCAGCAAGCACUACUACUGGCAAGGAAUGCGCGCCUACACUACUGCUUAUAUUGAAUCAUGCAUUCACUGCCGAGCGUCAAAGUCCCUUAACCAGAAACCUGCAGACCUUCUUCAACAGCCACUCAUUCCUUCUCGUCGGUGGGCACAGUCGGAUAUCUGGCAACAACUCUGUAGCCGCUUUAACAUCAAAUGGUGCAUGUGCUCGUCCUACGAUCCCCAAAGCGACGGUCAAACUGAACUAGUUAACCGCACACUCGAUCAGAUGCUUCGUACCUACAUCCAAUCUGACGAACGCAAGUUGGAGCGUUUGCUUCCGGCCUUGGAACUUGCUUACAACACAACAAGUCAUUCCUCCACCGAGUUCUCUACCUUCGAGGUCAUGAUUGGCAAGAAUCCGUUGACUGCUGCGAACCUUGACAUACAAAUACCUGGGAAUGAAGGAUGCACUGGAGACCCCAGUGCACCAAGGACAAAUCCUUCGAGUCAUGAGCAAACCGAAAAAGGGCAUUACCAAGCUCAUGCGGUCCCAGCUACUCCCCUGGCAGAAGUUGGAUGCGGUGCGCACCUUUAUCAUACCCAGGCUUGA